AUGGAAAGACAAAAGCUCGUCGGUCUUUCGGGGGGUGAUGCUCUGCGUGAACUCCUCUACGACCAGGAAGUGAAACAUAUCUUUGGAUAUCCCGGUGGUGCAGCCCUCCCUCUUUUCGACGGCAUCUAUAACGCAUCGCGUCUUAAGUUCGUCCUUGUCCGCCAUGAACAAGGCGCCGGUCACAUGGCUGAAGGUUAUGCGCGAUCCAACGGUAAACCCGGCGUCGUCUUAGUGACUUCGGGUCCUGGUAGCUCGAACGUGGUAACCCCUAUGCUAAAUGCCCUGCUCGACGGGACACCCAUGGUGGUGAUCUGCGGUCAGGUUGGAACCGCCGUUCAAGGUACGGGUGCCUUCCAGGAGAUCGACGUCGUGGAACUGGCAAAAUCGUGUACCAAAUGGGCGACCUGCGUGCAGAGCGUUGGCCAACUUCCAAAUGCAGUGGAGUCGGCCUUUCGCUGUGCUAUGGAGGGACGACAGGGACCCACGCUCAUCGCUGUGCCGAAGGACGUUGGCCUUGCGACGAUUGAGAUGAACACGCUGCCAUCCCCUGCUUCUGUGUCCACACAUUUGAUAGAGGGAGGGGACGCGUCUAGAGGGAAUCCUGAAAUAGCUCCCAUGCGCAGCGCUCUUGGCCGACACAGGCAGCUGGACCGCGUAUCUAUCUUAAUCAAUUCUGCUAAAUCCCCUGUGAUAAUUGCCGGGAACGGGGUCCUCGCCAGUCCGAACGGUAUAAAUCUCUUAUCACAACUCGCUGAGAAGAGGGGUAUCCCGGUCACCUCAACGCUCCUCGGCCUAGGGUGCUUGGCUCAGACUCAUACCCUCUCAAUGGGCAUGCUAGGCACGUAUGGAACACCACACGCCAACCUGGCCGUGCAAAAUGCAGAUUUGAUCCUGGCAAUUGGGGCCAGAUUGGACGAGCGUGCCGUCGGGAACUCGCAGAAAUUUGCCCCAAAUGCUCAGGUCAAGGGAGCAGGAGGAAUCAUUCAAUUUGAUAUCAGUCGCAACACUAUUGGGAAAGUCGUUCGCCCGACGGAGAUCAUUUUGGGAGAUCUCUCCGAAACUCUUCCUUUGAUCAUGUCCGACCUGAAAUACACAGCGCACAGGCGGGACUGGCUUGAUCAGAUCAAUCGCUGGAAGAUAGAGAAUACUGUCCCGCGCCAUCUUCCAUCGGCUCCUAUGCGCCGUGCCUCUAAUCCUCUCCCGCAACAGGUAAUCGGCGAAUUGAAUCGGCAGACCUCCCACUUGAAACACAACAUCCUGGUCUCCUCUGGAGUCGGUCAACACCAAAUGUGGGCGGCUAAAUAUUUUGAAUGGCAAACUGGCCGUCCGUUCAUCACCUCCGGGGGUCUGGGAGCCAUGGGCUUCGGACUUCCCGCUGCCAUAGGGGCCAAACUAGCCCGGCCUGACUGCGAGGUUAUUGACAUCGAUGGCGACGCCUCUUUCUGCAUGACCAUGGCAGAGUUGCUUACCGCGUCACAACACGGAAUAGCAGUCAAGGUCGUCAUUCUCAACAACAGCCAGCAGGGAAUGAUCACCCAGCUGCAACGAUCCGCUUACGGGGGAAGAGAAUGUCAUACUAGGCAAGCAAACCCGGAUUUUGUGGCAUUGGCUCGUAGCAUGCACUGUCACGGGGCGAGAUACAUGCCUGGUCAGGACCUGUCGGCGUCUAUUCGCUGGCUCCUGCGGUGUCAAGGCCCGGCGGUGCUGGAGGUGGCGGUUGCCGACACUGAAAUGGUGCCUAUUGUGCCAGAGGGACAGGCCCUUGAUGACAUCAAACUAGACUAG